GUCCAUACUCAAUUCCAUCUUUCCCCCAAAAUCAUCAACUCCAAGACCGUCCCCCUCAGCCUGCGUCCCACAGCUUCUUCCUCUCCGUCCUCUGAUCAAUCUCAAUCGCCUUAGCCCUCGGGUUUUAUCUCUCCGACUUCCCGGUUCCUCUGACCCGGUUUCUGGUUCAGUUCGCCAGCGGAAGCUUAGUUCCAGGUAUUUAAUGCUCAGUAUGUUGUUCAUCACCCAAGAAUUCGAUCUAAGCAACUCAAUCUCACCACUUCGCAUCAUCUUGCUCCCACUCUUGAGCCCAAACCCAUAGCCCUCAUUUCUGAUCUGGGUUUUUGAGAUUGUUGGUAAAGAUCGAGGCUCUAUGUUCAUAUAUAAGGAAAGAAGAUUAGAAGGUAGUUAUAAUAAGAGCAGUGUUGUGGCCCCUGCAAAAGUUGAGUUUCAAGAGGAAUCAGAUGAAUGGAAGCAACCAAAUGGUAAACCUCGUCCCCGUUUUCUGGUUGAGCCACGCUCUAUUGGCUCUAAGACACUUCCAGUCUCAUCUGGUUUGGAUUUUGAGGCUGAUAUCAAGGAGAUAGAAUGCACUUCAGAAGAAAAACCAGGAUUUCUACCCGUGUUUCGAUCAGGUAGCUGUGCCGAGAUAGGACCAAAGCAGUACAUGGAGGACGAACACAUCCGGAUAGAUAAUCUAUUGGACUACUUAGGAGAAUCUUCCAGUUUCACUUUUCCUGGAGCCUUUUAUGGAGUUUUUGACGGACAUGGAGGAACAGAUGCAGCAAUGUUUGUUAGGAAUAAUAUUCUCAAGUUUAUAUUGGAAGACUCCUUUUUCCCCUUAUGUUUGGAAAAGGCAAUUAAGAACGCUUUUUUGAAAGCCGACUAUGCCUUUGUUGAUGAUAGCUCUGUCGAUAUAUCGUCUGGGACGACAGCACUCACCGCUCUCCUAUGUGAACGAAGAUUGAUAGUUGCUAAUGCGGGGGAUUGUCGGGCUGUUUUGGGGAAACGAGGGAAAGCGUACGAGCUAUCGAAGGACCAUAAACCGGACGCCGUAUCCGAGAGGCGGAGGAUCGAGAAGCUCGGCGGGGCUAUUUACAACGGCUACUUGAACGGCCAACUAUCCGUAGCGCGUGCUUUGGGCGACUGGCACAUGAAGGGUCCGAAGGGGUCCGCGGGCCCCUUGAGCGGCGAACCCGAGUUGACCGAGACCGUGUUGACCGAGGAAGACGAGUUCCUAAUCAUGGGGUGUGACGGCCUGUGGGACGUGAUGAGCAGCCAGUGCGCGGUGACGGUGGCGAGGAAGGAGCUCGGGGCCCACAACGACCCCGAGAGGUGCUCGAGGGGGCUCGUUAGGGAGGCGCUCAAGCGGAACACGUGCGACAACUUGACGGUGAUCGUGGUUUGUUUCUCGCCCGACCCGCCGCCCCCCCUCUUCGAGCCGCGGGUCCCGAUGACCGGAGGGUCGAACGCCGCCGUGAAGGGCGUUGCGUUAGGAGGCGAUGACUCGUGACGGCGGCGUUUCUUUUUUUAGAGGGGGAAGUUCCACUGUACUUUCAUUGUUGGACUAGUGUUUCGUUCUUGUAUCUAUCUAAUCUAUAUCGAAACAUUUUUGUUACAAU